CUGCUGUUUGCAGGGAGAGGGACAGGCAGGAAGAGUGAGGAAGAGGAAGGAGAGAGGAAAACCCGGGGAACAACCACGAAAACAAGAGUUUCAAGGAGAAGCCUGUGGUUAACCGAAGUCACGGUAACGGAGAGCGAGUAGUGGCGGGCCGGUGGUGGACUAAGGUGAGCCUGGUUCGGUACUGGGAGGAGGAACUACCAGAGCCUCCAGGUUUCCACUCGCACAUCUCAGAAGGGUUCUGGUCACAGAGGGAAACUGCAGAGUUUCUGUUUGAAGUCUGUGCUGGCCUCUUCAUGAGCAUGAUGAUGACCUCCUGAGCGCGGGGACUGUUGGGUCAGGAAGCUCUACGGAGUCGAUGUGAGAGAUCCAGUACGACCUCUUCCUCUCCAUUUUUCUGUCAGCCCAUGAUGUCUAUAUCUAAUGGGGCAUCACACAUAGAAGAUGAUGAGGAUGAAGAUGAGCAGGGGGAGACCUUUCAGUUUGAUGACAAUGAUGACAUUGGAGCUCCUGAAAUUAUUGCAUUGAGAAGCGACUUGACCGCAGAUGCAGUAACGUCAAACAUUUAUGCCAAGACAAACACAGCCCAACAGACAAGAAGGCAGGACAUGAAUGGAACAACCAGUAUAGGCCAGGAGGACCAAAUUUCUCUACUGGGCCACUGCUACUGCUCAGAUAUGGACCUCAGAGAGCCACCAGAGGGACGUUCAACCUCCUCUGAUUUGGGAGUAACCAGAGAGUCAGAGAGUUUCUGGAAACCAAGCAGUGUUUACGAAGGCCAGACAUCACAUCGAGCCAAGGAGUGGCUCAGUGUGGUUUCAGAGCUCACUCUGCGAUUAAGCAAAGUCUGUCCCCAGAGUGAACAUCACACACUUGCUGCAGAUACACCAGUCAACCAGAGUACAGUGACCUGCAUCCCGGAUGGCAGGGCCAGUGUCCCAGAGGUAAUCUAUGAUGACGUGCCUGCUGAGAACCUACACCACCUAGUGGAAGAUGUGGAUGACAUCUAUGAAGACAUCCAGGGACCUAGUCACUGUGGCUUCAACAGCUGGAGCUCCAGUGAGUUUGAGAGCUACGAUGAGAUGUCUGACAGUGAGACUGUUCAUCCAGGGCACAGCAGCAAGCUUCCUGUAGAUGUGCUGAGGCUAAAGGAGCGUUAUGCUCUCACCAGGAAAGAGCUGGCAGUGCGUCUUGGUACACCUCAUAUUGCUGACAUCAGACACAGCUGUGACGCUAAGGUGCAGCAGUUGAUGAAAGCAGCGAAGAAUGGUACCAAGGGCGGUUUAGAAAAAACUAAAUUAGCCAUGAUUCGCAAAGUGUCAUUCCUGCAGAGAAAAGACUCCACAGGCGAGGAAAAGGAUGAUGCAGGUUACAUGGAUGUGUCUGUGUGUGAGUUGAAGCACCCUCCACCACAACUCUCCCCCAUGCCAGAGGGUCUCAGUAGUCAGCAGGUUGUCAGACGUCUCAUCCUCAGCUCCAUUCUGCAGAGUGAGAACAGUUACCUAGACUCUCUCAAAAGGAUUCUCCAGGAGUACCAGAAGCCUUUACUUGAUCCACAGACCUUGAUAAUAAACCCAAAGAAGGUACGUCAGAUUUUUUACCGUCUACAGGAGAUCCAUCAGUGCCAUUCAAUGUUCCAGAUCGCCCUGGCAUGUCGUGUGGCUGAAUGGGAUUACAGUGAGAAGAUUGGCGACCUGUUUGUGGCAUCGUUUUCAAAGUCCAUGGUGCUGAACGUCUACAGUGACUACAUCAACAACUUCACCAAUGCCAUGGCACUCAUCAAAAAAGCCUGCAUGUCUAAACCUGCUUUCCUGGACUUUCUUAAGAAGAAGCAGGCAAGCAGUCCAGACAGAAUCACUCUUUACGGCCUAAUGGUGAAACCUAUUCAGCGCUUCCCUCAAUUCAUUCUACUGCUGCAGGACAUGUUGAAGAACACUCCAAGGUCCCAUAGUGACCGGCUUCCCCUGCAACUGGCUCUCACUGAACUAGAGACCCUGGCCGAGAAACUGAAUGAACAGAAGCGUCUGGCUGAUCAGGAUACUGAGAUCCAGCAGUUAGUCCACUAUGGGAGGGAUCGCAGUCUUAACAAGCUGCUGAGCUUAGACCAGAGGCAACUGAUUCAGUGUGAAGUGUUGACUGAGAUUGUUUAUGGAGAUAAAGGACAAGUCGUUAAGUCAAAGGAGCGAAAAAUCUUCCUUCUCAACGACACCCUUAUUUGUGCCAAUGUCAACCUCAAGGGUCCCCCUGACAUCAACAGCCUGGUUCCUGUUGGUCCCAAGUACAUGGUUAAGUGGUGUAUCCCUCUGCUACAGACUCAGGUGGUGGAGAUUGGACAGGACAGUCUGAAGUGCAGGAACAGUGUCAUCACAGCUAGACGCCACAGCUCUACCUCCAGCACCACAGGUAAAGUGUUCCUGGGUCCUCCCAGACUGUAUCAUGAGCUUGAGGAGCUGCAGCAUGACCUGGCUGUGGUAGAGGAGGUGUCACUGCUGGUGGGCACACUCCAUGGGAUCUACCAGAAUCUGAACACAACAGUAUCUCAGGACUGGUGUCUGGCUCUGCAGAGGCUUAUCCGUCUGAAGGAGGAGGAGAUCCAGAAUGCCAAUAAAUGUCGCCUGCGCCUGUCUGUUCCAGGCAAACCGGACAAAUCUGGCCGUCCAGUGAGCAUCAUGGUGGUCUUCAACACUCCCAGCCCCCUCAGUAAGAUCUCCUGGGUGAACCGGCUUCACCUCGCCAAGAUAGCUCAAAGAAAGGAAAACACUUUGGGAUGGGAAAGUGCUGAGGAUGUUGGGAAGACAAAGGCUCCAUUUCAUUGCCCCCUGCUGACCUGCAAACUUCCUGUUUUGUCCUCUGGAACACACACACUGAAGUUGGAGGCAGCUCUUCACAGUCCAUCUCAGUCCAGCCUCCUUGGUUUCUGCACUGCAAGUACAUCGUUACCACAGGGUUACCUCUGGGUUGCUGGUCAAGGUGGUAAUUCCACCCUUGGUCAAGUAGAGAUCUUCUCUCUGAAUCGAGCCACUCCUCGCUUGGUCAAGACUGUCCCCCUGAGGGCCCCUGUCCUGUCUCUGGAGUAUGUGAAGGAGCUGUGUUCGAGAACAGAGGAAAAGGAGGCUGAGAAGGCCCAGUGUCCCCCCAAGACUGGAAACAUCAUCUGUGCUGGCUUGCAGGAUGGCAGCAUCCUUGUGUACGGCAGUGUAGACACAGCUGUUCAGUGCCUCCUGACCCUAGUGAACCCUGACAGCUGUCCAGUCCACUGCCUCAAACACUCCCUGUCUUACCUCUUUGCUGGACUCGCCAAUGGCAAAGUAGCUGUGUACCACAAGAAGACUGGAGAGAGGCUCUGGGAUGUGGACUCGUGCAGGAUGGUUGCACUGGGCUCGGAACCAGUCUCCUGUCUGCUGACACUUCAAGACACUGUAUGGGCCAGCUGUGCCAACCAAGUUACUGUAAUCCAAGGAGCAAACCUCCAAACACAGAGCUUUGUAGCCCAUUCAGACCCAUGCUGCAAUGUUGGCCACAUGGUCCGUUCAGGCGGAGGAGUUUGGAUGGCCUUCACCCAGAGCCCUUCCAUUCAUCUUUUUCACAUAGAGACAUUGGAAGCGCUGCAGGAAGUCAACAUCUCAACCCGUAUCACACAUCUGUCACCAGGUCAGGUUUGUGUCUCCAGUUUACUUAUCAGUCAGGGCCUGCUGUGGGUGGGUACCAGCCAGGGCAUUAUCCUCACUUUCCCUGUACCUACCCUGGAAGGCAUCCCUAAGAUCACAGGUAAAGGGAUGACAUCUUUGAAUGCUCACUGUGGUCCAGUGGACUUCCUGGUGUCAGCCUGCAGCACACUGGCCUCCGAUUUGCUGAGGCACAAUUCCAUUCUCAGUGCCGGGGAGGAGGGUGCUAACACAGACAGAGGAGGAGGAACAGUGGAAGAUAAUGUAAGAGGAGAUGAAGGAGGGCAGAAGAAGAAGAGCACCUGUCUGCAGGAUUCUGAAGCUCCUCCAUCAAAGGAGGAAAAGCCUAGCGGAAUGCUGCUGCAGUACCGCCUCCACUCUACCUGCAAGCUGCCUGGGAAACUGCUGACAGCCCAGCCAGAACUAGCAAACCUCAGAGCCCCUCCAGAAUCCUUCGAACACAGCCCGGAGGAUGGCUCCAUCUAUGAAGUGAGCGAGGACCCUGAUAUAUGGGUGAGAGGGCGGCCACUUGAUUGGGGAAAGGAAGGGGAGGUGAGGCGCAGCAAAGUAACCUCAAUAGCCAUCUUCUCUGGUGGAAGAGGAUAUCGCAGGUUAGGACAGCCAACCUCAGAAAGCACUUAUUCAGACUCCACUGAAAACACAGUGCUGGUGUGGCAGGUCCCUCUCACUCUCAGCCAAUGACAGAAAAGACUGUAAAUUUAGAUGGGUCAAGGAAACUCAUCCUGACAGCCAUGUCUUUUCUAGUUGUCUGCUUCAUUUCAGUGGUUUGAUGUGACAGAUGACACCAUAAGCAAGAUGACAUAAGGGUAACAUUACAUGAGAGGCCAACCAACACUGAGUAAGCAGCUCCCUUCAGGGAUCUUAUACAUCAGGACGACCAACAUUCUUCAGCUCUUUGUGCAGACGUUAUCAUACAUAAUAACAACAUGCCAGACUGUGAAGGUUAGAUUAUCAAAGGCUUUUUACCUAUUUUGCAGGCAGACAUGACACAUUCUGCUUCAGAAUGUGCUUGGUCGUGAAGAGUUUAUGUGAGAUGCAGAAUUUUAAAUUCUAUCCUGGAUUUUACAGGGGACCAAUGAAGGGAAGCUAAUAUGGGAGAAAUAUGAUCUCUCUUACUGGUUCCUGUCAGAACUCUGACUGCAGCAUUUUGUAUCAGUUGGAGAUUUUUAAGAGGAUUAUAGGGAAAUUCCAAAAACAGGGAAUUAUAAUAGUCCAUCCUAGAAGUUACAAAUACAUGCACUAGUCAUCAUCACUCUGAGACAAAAUGUUCCUGAUUUUGACAAUAUUCCAUAGGUGAAAUAAGGCUGUCCUACAGACUUGCUUUAUAUGUGUGUUGAAGGAUAUAUCCUAAUCCAAAUUUACCAAGGUUCUUUACAGUAGAACUGGAAGCUAAGGCAAUGCUAUCCAGAGUAACUAUCUGGUUAGACAGUGUGUUUCUGAGGUGUUACAGACACAAUAACCUCAGUUUUUUCUGAAUCUAAAUGAAGAUAAUUACAAGUCAUCCCAUUCUUUAUGUUCUUAGGACAUGCCGUGAGGUUGGCUAACUGUUUGGUUUCAUUUGGCUUUAUGGAUAAAUAUAGCUGGGUGUCGUCUGCAUAACAGUGGAAAUGUACGCAGUGAUUCCUAAUAACAUUUCUUAAGGAGACCACGUACAAAGUAAAUAAUAUUGGUCCUAACACAGAAUCCUGUGGAACUCCGUAACUAACACUGAUAUGGGUGGAAGAAUCAUCAUUAACAUGAACAAACUGGAAUCUGUCUAAUAAACACAAUUUAAACAAA